UCUGACAUGCGCACUGCGGUUUGUUUAUCGCUACUUCCGUAGCCUGUCAGCUAACAGCCCAGAGAACUGACCCCGUUUCGGAAGCUUCUGUCCGGGGAGAUUAAAAUGUCCGCCCCGCUGCUCCUCAGGGUUUUCGUGAAGGAAAGACUAACAGCUGCUGCCGAGGAGAUUCUGCAGGUGUUUGAACGAACCAUCGAGAAAUACGAAGUAGAAGCUUCCAGGUCCAAACAGGAGAACGAUCGUCUGAGAGAUUUGCUGCAGGAGUUCUCCCACCGAAGAGAUCUCUCUCAGUCUUCCAUCUGUAAAGAGGAAACUCCCCCUGAGCGGCACCACUGUGAGCACGAGCCGAAUCUCAGCACCAGUCAGACGGAGCCAGAGCCUAGACGCAUUAAAGAGGAAGAUCAGGAGGUCUGGGCCUGUCAACAAGAUGGAGUACAGGUUCAAGAGUUUAGGGAUGCUAAUGACUUGUAUGUACCUCUUUCAGCUGUGUGGGAGGGACAUGAACAGGAGGACACAAAACCGUCCUUGAAAACUCAAAAUCAAAACAGUGACACUGAGGAGCAGUUGGAGGAGUUAGAAGAAACCAAAGCUCUACAGUUCAUGCCACAUUUCGCCCCAUUCCCACCUUCACAAACUCAGAUCCAAGAUGGUAGGGAACACGAAAGACCUGCUGCGAGUUUCAUGUCAAACCAAACAAAGACAGACAAAAACCAGGAUUCAAUUAUCACCUCCAGAGAGUCCACUGAGGCAUCUCAUUUUAAUUCACUUGCACCUGGCUAUCAUUGCUAUUUGUGCGAUAAAUCCUUCGCCUCCAAACACCACUUGAUAAAUCACGCUUUGCGCAUGCAUUCAACGGAUGCAGGUUUUCACUGUGCUGUGUGCGGAAAGGCCUUAGAGUCCACCGAAAGUCUUAAUGUGCAUCUUAAAUCACACAAGGCCUCCAGAUGUUGUCACGUGUGUGGUAAACAGUGCAACAGCAGCACGGCCCUGGCUGAACACAUGACCAGCCACACAGGGGUGAAGCUGCACCGCUGCCAUGUUUGUGGGAAGGAAUGCAGCCGGAAAGGAGAUUUAAAGAUACACAUGAGGAUCCACACGGGCGAGAAGCCUUUCUGCUGCUCUUUCUGUUGUAAAAGUUUCACCCACAGCGGACAUCUGAAGAAGCACCUGAGGAGCCACACGGGGGAGAGACCACACCGCUGUAACGUCUGUGGCAAAGGAUAUCUACAGAGCGCACACCUCAAAUACCACUUAGGGACUCACACGCAGAAAUACUGAUUUAUCUUCAUCUUCCAGGGCCCAUAUUUUUCAAACCUCUAAGAUUUACAUUAAGAAAUGUUCUGAAGAGCCAAUUACUACCCCUACCUUUUAAUAUUCUUUCAAACGGCCGAAAUGUGGACAAAAAGAAAAUCAUAAAAUCAUACUGGUAAAGGAAAUGAAACAUUCAUCCAUUCGCAACACCACACAUCAUUCACACACUGAUGAAACAGUCGUCAAGCGCAAUUUGAAGUUCAGUGUCUUGCCCAAGGACACUUUGGCAGGCAGCCUGGAGGAGCCGGGGAUCGAACCCCCCCAACCAUGUAAUUAGUGGACGACCCACUCAGUCUCCUCAGCCUCAAUGUACAAGAACUCAAUGAAAGAAGUUGGCUAAAGUUACCUAACUGUGGCACCUGACUUAUUGCUUCUCCUCACAUUAUUGACCAUGAUCAGUUAUAUCACUUGUAUAAUUUAGACAGUGAAGAUGUGCUCUCACCUUUUUUCCUCUACUGCUCUAACUUAGGAUCGUUUGAGGUCUUUUUAAUUUAAUGCUACUUUAAAAUAACAUUUAUUAAGUUUAGAAAGUUGGUGUUGCUGGGAAGAAUUUUUACUUUUUAUUUCUCUGCUUCAGAAACACAUUUCUCUGUGAGCGGUUUGAUAAAUACUGGCCCUGAUGUUUACAACAUGUUCCUCUUUGCUGUUGAUAUGAACUUUGUUCUGAUAGGAAAUCAUACACAACAAACAGGGAUGUGCUUUGUGCAAGUAAGUGUAAUAACAAUGUUGUUAAGAAAAUAAACAUUGUCAUUAUUCUUUUUUAA